CCAACUCAUCUCUGCUAUGAACUCGAGCUCGUACCGGUUACAGGAUUGUUAUCCUUAGCACAAAAUGUAAAUUAUUUACCGAAAUUUCAUGUCAUUUUAAUCGUAGGAUCGUGGGGACCAAACAUUGUGUCGUGACAAUAGUGAUAUAGUCGUUGCACAGAAUUUUUUCUGACUUGAAACAUGACAAGAUCUGUUAACCUAAACAUCACUAGACCCACAGUUUCCUGAAGUGCUUAGCAAUUGACAGUUUGGCAACUAAUACCGAAAUAUGAAGAUAGCUAUUCAUCCUCUAACAAGUAAUCCUACCGCUGCUUGGAAAGAACUGUCACAGCAGCAGAAAGUAUUUAAAAUCAAUGUCAAGCCUCCGACUGGAGGUCCUCCAAGUGAUAAGCUCCGAGUAAUUUGUAUGAGCGACACUCAUUCCUUGACUCCGUUUAUAAAGUUUGAUAUACCUGAUGGAGAUAUUUUUAUCCAUGCCGGAGACUUCACAAAGUGCGGUAGUCUCCAAGAAGUGGUGGAGUUCAAUAACUGGAUCGGUAAUUUAUCCCACAAACACAAAAUCGUGAUAGCAGGCAAUCACGAGCUCAGUUUCGAUCCUACCUUUACUCAUCCGUUCUCGACGCAGUCUUCGGGGCGUCAGAAACAUACAGGAACUCGCAUAUUAGACGAGAUCCCUACCUUAGGAAUGUCCAAGGCUACGCUUGCAGAAGCUAUCGAAACUACUAACGUCAAGGAUUAUCUAACCAAUUGCAUUUAUUUAGAAGAUUCCGAAAUUAUUCUCCAUGGGAUUAAAAUUUAUGGAACACCAUGGCAACCGGAAUUCUGCAAGUGGGCUUUUAACGUUCCCCGAGGAGAGCCGUGCUUGUCCAAGUGGGAUAUGAUUCCUUCGGACACCGAUAUAUUGGUCACCCAUACGCCUCCGGUUGGUCACGGAGAUCUAUGUUGCAGCGGAGUCAGAGCUGGGUGCGUGGAAUUACUGUCAACCGUGCAAAAUCGUGUCGAACCAAAAUAUCACGUGUUCGGUCACAUACACGAAGGCUACGGAAUAUCAUCGGAUGGAAAGAUAAUAUUCGUAAACGCCUCAACUUGUGACUUGAAUUAUUUACCAAGUAAUCCUCCAAUCGUAUUCGACAUUGCUUUACCACAUGGUACGCAGAAAUCGUAACACCAGAAAGACCUUUUCCCACAACUUUCUUCAUGCUUGGGAGGUAUCCUUUCGACGUAAACUUAGGAAAGGACGAGUAUUUGGAAUUGUACGUGUAAAUAUGUAGGAGACUACAGGCGAUUUAAUUUCAACGAUCUUGCGUAAACGAAGGAACGAAGGAAGCGAUCGAAGAGAUAGAAGACUGUACUCUAGUCGAAUGCCGAACCGCGACAUAAGCUUUCUUUAACGCACAGUAUUACGAGGACGAUCUUUAAUUUAGUUAUAGUUUACCAGCGUUCACCGACCGGUCGGGAUCGUCAUUAUUAGUGCCUUUCAUAUUUUCUUAGAAUUGAUAUUAUCCACGAAUCCGAUAGCGCCCCUCCAGACACCCAACCGAGCCAAGCAUGGGUGAAACUACUUCGACAUAUUCCAAAACAGUUUGUAUUUACCGUAAGACGUAACCCAGAACGAGGGCAAAUAUAUCGCGAUCGAGAGUC